AGAGACACACAGGGAGACACACAGACACACACAGAGACACACAGGGAGACACAGAGACACACAGACACACAGAGACACACAGAGAGACACACAGGGAGACGAGAGAGACACCUGGGACGAUGUCUCUCGUCACGGCCGACUGGAACCCAAUGGGGGACAAGUUUUAUAGGCGUGAGGAGCUGUACUGCAUGGCCUGGGCCGACCGCUUUGAGGUCAAGGGUCACCUGGUGGCGGCCGCUCAGCACGGCGGCCCUGUGGCGCUGAUGAAGGAUGAUCAGGAGAAGUUAUCAGUGCGACCCACAGUCACCAUUUACUCGUGCUCAGGAUCAAUACUCUCGUCAUUCAAGUGGAAGAGUGGGCGCGUGCUGGCUCUGGGCUGGACCCACCGUGAGGAGCUGAUGGUGGUGCAGGAGGAUGGACAGGUGCUGGUGUACGACCAGCACGGAACCUUCAUCCGCACCUUCACCAUGGGGACUGACGUGAAGACCCUGCGUGCUGUCUCCGCGUGUGUCUUCGUGUCUCCGUCUGGGACGGGCCUUGCGCUGCUCACCGGCGGAGUCUCCAGAUUUGUCCUCGCGGACAACACGGACAGCCUCAGGCUCCGGCGUCUCCCCGAGACACCGGGGAUCCUGCCUAGCCCCAGCUGCUGGGCCGUGCUGCCGGUGCCGGGCGGCCCGGUGAGCGUGCCGGGCGGCCCGGUGAGCGUGCCGGGCGGCCCGGUGAGCGUGCCGGGCGGCCCGGUGAGCGUGCUGGCCACCACUGGCAGGGAGGUGCUUCUGGUGCAGCAUGGGGAGUGUCGCUCCGUCUCCCCCAGCCGGUCUGUCUCUGAGCUCGUGCUCUGUGGUGUUGCUGGCUGUGUCACCUGGCCAGUCGCGAGUGUCCAUCUACACCGACAGCGGACUGCUGUGGCUGGGCACCAGCGACCUGCAGGUAGCCGUCGCCACGGCAACCGGCGGGUUAGCGUGGUGACGGUGACACGGUUAACGUGGUGACGGUGACGCGGUUAACGUGGUGACGGUGACACGGUUAACGUGGUGACGGUGACAUGGUUAACGUGGUGACGGUGACCGCGGUUAACGUGGGUGACGGUGAC